AUGAGGAUAUUCUCUUCUUGGUGUUCCUCAAAGGAGGUGGCGUCUGCAGAUACACCCCUCCCCAUCAUCCUUCAGUUUCUGCAAGAUGGCCUUGACAAAGGCCUUGCUCCAUCUACCUUGAGGGUUCGAGUUUCAGCCAUUUCAGCUUGUCUUAACAAUCCUUUUUCUCAGGACCCGUUCAUCAAACGGUUCCUUAAAGGAGCUGGAAUAUUAAAGCCUACAGUACUGGAACCCAUUCCUCAGUGGGAUUUAUCAGUAGUUCUCAAGGGGUUAGCAUCUCCCCCCUUUGAGCCUUUGGAGGAGGUAGAUUUCAAUAACACGGGAGAAGAGUUCCCCGAAUCGGUGGUCUUCACAGUCGUCUUCAUGGUUAUAUCCAUUGUAGGAGCUGGCAUGGCUUCCGUCAAAUACAGGUUCAUGAUCAUUCUUUCUGAGCCAUCAGAGAAGCGACAUAUCAUCGGCCAGAGAAUCCUCUAUGCCAUGGGAUGGCUGGCAUGUAUUGGGACAGCCUUGACCGGCGCAUUUUCGAUGAAGACCAAUCCCCUCGUCCACAGGAUCAGCGCAGGAGUGGCAUUUUUCAGUUUUGCCAUAUACAACCUGUGUCAAUCUAUAUGCCUGUACAAGAGAUCCCUCAGCAGUCGUUGCAUGUGCUACAUUAGACUGGCAUCAACCUUGGUGACCAUUGUGGCACUGCUCAUCUUUGCUGUAGGUUUGGGCAGCUUCUUCCUUCUAUGUACCACUGAUAGCUGUAAAGAGAUCUUCUCUAUAACAGGCCUGGUGGGUGAGUGGACGGGAUUCUUCGGCUUGACAGUUUACCCUGUCAUGAAUUAUACAGAUUUCCAGUGUUUGUCAUUAGAGUUGUCCCGAGAAGGCAUCUACAUCGUUCUGAGGCAAAAGACCCAGGACCCUGAAAACCCCUAA